GCGGACUAUGGGCGUGAUCCGGUGACCAGCAAAGAGAUCUGGGUAGAGCUGUUUUGUCCCUCCCCGCUCCCUGUAAGGACCUUUGCAAGGAGGCGAUCGCAGAUAUGGCGGUUGCGAAGAUGGGAAAGCUGACAACCAUACCUGCAAGUCUGAUAUGCACAUCUAUAGUUGUAUAUGCAGCUAAAGAAGAUGAACUAAAAAUGCAGCUAGUGAAACCAGAGCAGCUGCCCAUAUAUACUGCACCACCUCUUCGGUACAAGUAUGUUCAGGAGCAGCCUGGUCAUUUACAAAUGGGCUUUACAUCCAUUCGUUCUACAACUGGUUGUUAUAUAGGUUGGUGCAAGCAUUAUCCAGCAAUAGAAUGGUUGAAGAAGCUGAUACAGGGUGUUUACAUCUUUGUGAAAAAUCGGAUACUAGAUACAGCACAAUUUGGAAAAGAUGCAUAUGACUAUCUGAAGAAUCCACCCCAAGAUUUCCUUCCAAAAAUUGGAGUGAUUACAGUGUCAGGAUUGGCAGGCUUGGUUUUGGCAAGAAAAGGUUCUAAGUUUAAGAAAAUUGCUUACCCACUUGGACUGGCCACUUUAGGAGCAACUGUUUGCUACCCAGUUCAGUCAGUAAUAAUUGCAAAGGUAACUGGAAAAAGGGCAUAUGCUACAAGCCAGCAAAUUUAUGAAGCAGUUCAAUCAUUGUGGACAAAAAAAUACACCAGUGAUUCUCUUCUUGAACCUAAAGCCAAAACCAAGCUAGAAAACUCCACUGAAACGGAAAUAUCUGCUAAAACAACUAAUGAUCUGAAAAACUCAGUACCUUUGGUGGCAGAACUCAGCACGGAGGCCAAGACCAAAUCAGAAUCCACAUCAGGUGCUGCACAGUUCGUGCCUGACCCCAAGCUCAUGGAUCAUGGGCAGUCCCAUCCAGAAGAUGUAGAUAUGUACAGCACAAGAAGCUGAAAUAGUCUGGAUAGAAAACCACAAGAUGUGUGAAGUUGCAGAUACUGAUGAAAAAAUCAUGUUGCAGGUAGCUGUAAUGAAUAGUAUAAUUUAAACCAAAUGUUCCUUUGCAUCUGCUAAUAAAUAUGUAGUAUGUGUGACUAAUUACAUGAGUGACUAAAACACAAGCUGAAUAAAAUCUAAACACAUUAAAUUAUGAUAAUGGCAGAGGAAGAAGUAUAAGAUAGAGUUGAUGGCUUUUAUGGAUAUUUAAAAAAUAGUAAAUACAUUUUGCAACAAUGAGCCUGAAUUAUGUAUAUACAGAUAUAUGUGUGUAUACAUAUAUGUGUAUGUUUGUAUUUCUUUAGAUUUUCUAGAUUAAUGUUUCCUAAAUUUGAAGACAUCUGGACAUAUAGUAGAAGGAUUCAUUUCUUGAUAUAUGUGCCCUUUUUCAUGAUUCAGUGGUAGAAUAAAAUAUCUCUAUUUUGUGUCUCCUGGA